AUGGGUGAUUAUAAAAAGAAUAAAGUACUCCGGUCGACUGAAAUUCAUAAAUUGAACGAAAUAUACGAUGUUGCUCUGAAAGUUAAUGCCGAAGAUGAAAGUUUUUAUCCCAUUCUUGAAGCUAUGUAUAAAGAACUUGAGGAAACUCGAACAAAUUUUUAUAAACUUCACAAUAAAAUUAUAUCAAUCAUAUGUGAUAAGCAAAAUGCGGAUGAACUAUUCAAGAUUGAGGAUGAUUUUCGAAAAAAAAUCGAUAUUCAAUAUUAUAGAAUUCAAGCUAUUUAUACGCAACGUUUAAUGAAGCCGACGACACAAUCUGUGGCUAUACCGGGUGAACAAUUGCCCAUCUCUGCAUAUUUAAAUUUACCCAAGCCUGAGUUACCGACAUUUAGCGGAGAAGUUACCGAGUUUCGGAGUUUUCUCGAUCAAUUUGAUGCGCGUGUUCAUACGGUCCCCCACUUAAAAGCGAUUGACAAAUUUAACCUAUUAGUUUCUUGCUUGAAAGGUGUCGCUCGGGACGCUAUCGACCAUUUGGAUAUCACAGCAGAUAAUUACACAAUUGCUUACGAUUUACUAAAAGAAAGGUUCAAUAAUGUGAGAGUUAUUGCUUCAAAUUUAUGCAAUAACCUCGAAUGCUCACCCAAACUUACCUCAGAUAAUUCAAAAGAGUUACGCUCUUUAUUAGAUACGUUUUCAAAAAAUGUCGCAGCUUUGCAAAAACUAGGGUUACCCACGGAACACUGGGACUUUAUACUUGUUCAAUUGAUGUUGAAAAGACUCACGGUUUCUCGAUUACACGAUUUGAACUUCAUCACAACGACAGUACUAUUCCAAGUUAUGCUAAAUUAA